AUGACUUCAACUUCUGCUGGUAAAUCAUUAGUGGAAAAGGAUUGUACGCAGCACAAUCCUUUGGUAGAUUUAUCGAGAAGAGUUAUUGAGGGAAAUUUAGAUGAGGACUUCGAAAACACCUGGAAUCAAUUUUUAACUGAGAGUUCAAAGCCUCGGGACCUGCACGAUGAGUACCUAAUAAGCCUUACAAUGUCUACCGCAAUCCCCCAAACAACCAAUCUAUAUGAAUUGGCUGGUCAGAUGGACCCUACACAAAAUCUGGCGGAAAUAUGGGCUGAGGAAUACAUAGCAGGACAGCAACAAUCCAACAAUUUAGUUGAACAGUGGGCUGAUGAAGCAGAACAGCAAGCCAAUUAUUUACCAGAACAAUGGGCUAAGGAAUUUUCCAAUUUAAGCUUUUAUGAGGAGACAACUGAAGACAAAACCAGAACGAAGGAUGAAUCCGAGAUAUGGGCCACAGAAUUUCUAGAUGAAUUCGAUCAAAAAUCGCAGGACACGAUCUCUGCUUCUGCAGUAGAAACAAAUACUAAAACAUUUUCAGGAAGGGCAUCUUUUGAUGAGAUGUAUGUUUUCGUAAGGAAUAAUCCUUAUCUCAGAGAAACGGAUGCAUUUGAAAAAGGACAACAAGCGCUUAAUGGUGGCAUGAUAGCUGAUGCCAUUUUAUAUUUUGAAGCUGCUGUACAGCAGAAUCGAGAAAAUUUUGAGGCUUGGUUUCUGCUUGGAAAAUGCUUAUCUGAAAACGAGAGCGAUAGACAGGCAAUUGCAGCAUAUAAGCAAGCUUUGAAUUUACAACCAGAACAAAAAGAGAUACAACUCGCUCUUGCCACAGUUUACAUUAAUGAAUGUAUGGAAUUAGAAGCACUAGAAGUUUUGAAGCAGUGGAUUACGUCCUAUUUGGAUAAUGAUUCAAUUCCAUUGGAAUUCAAAACUGCUCCUAGCAGUCUAGUUGAGGAUCUUACUAUUCGAACGGAACAGGUGGAAGAGCUCAUCCGAAAAGUGCUUUCAAACGCUAAAACAACUGAUGAAGCAACGUUUCACAAUGCGUUAAGUUUGGUGUAUAACAUUAAGGGUGAUUAUAAUCGAGCUGCACAGAAAGUGAAAUUGGCGCUUAUGUACAAUCCGAAGGACUACGUACUUUGGAACCGUUUGGGGGCAACAUUGGCUAAUGGUAAACGCGCUGCAGAAGCAGUUGCUGCUUACCACAAAGCUCUUGAGAUCUGUCCGAAUUAUACACGUGCUCGUUGUAAUCUAGGCAUCGCUUGCAUUCAACUGCAGAACUACAAAGAAGCAAUCGAACAUUUUAUUACGGCUCUUCAGCUACAGCAAUCUUAUAGCUCCAUUUCAUCGUCUACAAUUUGGACGCCCUUACGCGCAGCUGUCGUUCGAAGUUGUUUGCCCUAUGCAUUGGAUUUACUAGCAGCUGUCAAUGAGAAAGAUUUGGAGAAGUUUACUCCACCACCAUAUAAAGUUGUAGGUACUGUAAUUCGUGCUCCAAAUACAGCACAUGAAAUUGAAGAAAAAGUUAUUCCUACCAUGAAAAAAAAUGAUAUAGUGUAUAAUAGUGGCAAUAGUGAUAAAGAUAAGCCUUAUAUACGUGGAAUAGUCGAAGAGCCAGAAGAAUCUAACAGUAUGAUUAGUUCUAAACGUGAUGAAAUGAGCAAUAGUGAUAAAACGCCUGCAGAAAAUAUCGUGAUUAAACGUAACUUUUCAGCAUGUCAUUUUUUAAAUCUAAAUUCGACAGUUACAGUUACACCGGAAUUCAAGAUCUCUGCAUCCAAUACUAUGAAUGAUACUUUAAAAAAAAUUCAGGAUGAAUUUGAUCAUGAGAAAUUUGUGUCAAAUUUGCGAAUUAUCGAUUUAGUGGAAAUUUUCAAUGCUUUAGCCACAUUCGUAGCACCUACUUCGUUUUCUGAACUAACUAGCAUAGCUCAUUAUUCUUCAUUGUCGGAUAAUUCUACAUUCAAAAGCUCAAAAGAUGAAUUUUUCGAUGAAGUUGAUGCGCAAUCUGUCACACAUUUUACUGGAAACACGUUGGAUAGAACUUUUUCACAAACACAUCGCAGUGAGGACAAAGCAGAAAUAAGUCGCAUAAGGGGAAGAGAAGAACAUUCAAAUGAGAAACAUUCUGAUGACAGUAAAAGCAAUGAUGAUUAUAUAACUGUCAAAGAUGAACAAGAUCAUAAAGAUUUUGAAAAAAAUUCCAAGUUAAAUCCGCAAAUGAUUCCCAGAUCAGAGUUCACAAAAAACGAUAUCAAUGAGCAAGAAAGCAAAAUAGUAAAUGAUUGUGAUGUUGAUCACAUUGAUACUUCGAAAGAGGAUUCCAAACAACGGAAAUCAGCAAAUUCCGGAACAUCGGAUGAAACAAAACUGUGGGAGUUGCAAAAUGCAAUGGAUGAGAAAUACAAUGAAGAGGAUGAAAAAGAUGGUAAAUCGCUAGUUCCGGUACAUUUUGAGAGAACACUUUGGGAGAAAUUGGUUGCAGGUUUGAAAUGUUCCCACAGAGAUUGCAGUGAAGCAUUGAGACCUACGGAAAGUGUUCGCAGAUAUUUAAUUGAACCAUCAAUAAGUCGAGCCAGGAAACGUAGCAACGGGCAAUUAUAG